UGGCUCCUGCUGAGGCAGCCCCACCCUGAUGCCAGCCAAAUCGCUUCCCUGUGAAGCUUAGGGCAGGAAAGGGGCACCUCUUUCCUCUUGCAUACCAUAUCCUGGCUUUGAGCUGGUCAGGACGCAGACUGGAAAUUCAGACACACCUGUAGUGCACCAGUGGGCUCCCCGUGUCCAAUCCUCCGCCCCAUUAUGUCCUACUGGGUCAUGUUAGAAUUCCUAGCUAUGAAAUGAGGACAACGGAUAAUUUGGACCUUAUCCUGAGUCUCAUAGAGAUCACAGGACCGUGAACCAGAAAUGACUUGGACAAGAGGAUGUUACAGUUUCCAUUCUGGCCAUUAUAUGGGUUUUUGUCACUAAUUGAUACUCAUCUCUGAAUAUCUCUGUCAAGUCUCAGGGACUCUGUGAAAGUCUAGAUAUGGAUGUGAUGGUACCUGCCUGUAAUCAAAUAGUUGGUGCACAGCCUGAGCUGCAUAGGCUGCACAGCAAGGCUCUGUUCAAAAAAGAAAAGAGGUACCGGAAACUUGCCAUGAAGAACCACCCGUUGAAGUCAAAUGAGCCAUCUGCACCAGAGACAUUCAGGCAAAUAGCAGAAGCCUAUGAUGUGCUGAGCGACCCCGUGAAGAGAGGCAUCUAUGACAAGUUUGGCGAGGAAGGCCUGAAGGGUGGGAUUCCUCUGGAGUUUGGAUCUCAGACUCCAUGGACAACAGGCUACGUCUUCCAUGGCAACCCUGAAAAGGUGUUUCACGAGUUUUUUGGAGGAGACAACCCCUUCAGUGAAUUUUUUGAUGCAGAAGGAAAUGAUAUAGAUUUGAAUUUUGGGGGGCUUCGUGGCCGAGGAGUCCAGAAACAAGACCCUCCAAUCGAACGAGACCUCUAUUUGUCCCUUGAGGACUUAUUCUUUGGCUGCACCAAAAAGAUUAAGAUCUCCCGAAGGGUGCUAAAUGAAGAUAAAUAUUCCUCCACCAUAAAGGACAAGAUUCUGACAAUCGACGUAAGGCCUGGGUGGAGGCAGGGCACACGCAUCACCUUUGAGAAGGAAGGGGACCAGGGACCCAACAUUAUCCCGGCUGAUAUUAUCUUCAUCGUAAAGGAGAAACUGCAUCCUCGCUUCCGCAGAGAGCUUGACAACCUCUUCUUUGUGUACCCCAUUCCUUUGGGUAAGGCUCUCACCUGCUGCACCGUGGAGGUGAAGACCCUAGAUGACCGUCUGCUCAACAUCCCCAUCAAUGACAUCGUCCAUCCCAAGUACUUCAAGAUAGUGCCAGGUGAGGGUAUGCCACUGCCUGAGGACCCUACCAAGAAGGGGGACCUCUUCAUUUUCUUUGACAUCCAAUUCCCCACCCGCCUCACACCUCAGAAGAAGCAGAUGCUGCGCCAGGCAUUGCUGACCUAAUUCUGGGGCACCUGAACAGGAGCAGGGAUGGAGAGGGCUAGCUGGGCCUUACACACUCCACCCUCACAGUGAAGAUGGGGAAGUGUGAGACCUUAGGCCAAUAUAAUAAAGAUUCCUUUCCUAUCCUCUAUGACCUGAAGUGUGCUGGAGAGAAGCUUCCUGCUUUGCCUUCCUUUGGACCCUGAAAAGCUAGGCACCUGGGGUCCCACUUGGCUUCCUAGGCAUGGACUAUUCCCUGAGGGUUUAGAGCCUCUUGCUUACAUCUUGGUACAUGGGGCAGGGCUAUGUGACUGACCCUGUCAAAUGUCCCUCUGCUCUUGCCAUUUCACAACAUAUAUGUACAAAAGGAAUCUUCUAGGGACUGUCCUGCUUUGGGAAACAGGAAACAGGAAACACAGAAAGACAGCACUUGUACCUGUGCUCUGGUGUCUAUGGCUGAGCUGCCACCAGACCUUAGGCCAAUCUGUAUAGACUCACAAGCUUCAGUUAAAGUCACACCCAGAACACAAUGCCAGAAGAGCUCUGUCUGCCUCUGGCUCUGGUACGGUGUCUAUGAGAUGGGUCUCAGGCUGCCUGUGGGCCAGUGUUCUGGGAGGCAUGGCAUUUGGGGUCUGUCCAGGUCUGUCCCUGACUCUUGCAUUCAUUACUAACUUGCUUAGUAGAGCUUACACCCUGCCUACAGGUGUGAGAACUGGGUCUUUGGUGUGAAAACUCUUGGUAGACUCAUGGUUAGAUUAUAGAGAGGGUCACUCCAGGUGGCCUGAAGGAGAUCCUGCUUCUGGGUGCAGCCAGGGCUGUGUGGCCCACACCAGUACCUUCAAAG